CGACAGGACUGCUCAGGGGGAAAGUGAAGAGCGGGAAUAGAACACCGGCGUGUCCGAAAAUAGAUAGUUCGAAGCGCGUGGCGGGGACGCGACCUAGCUUGAUCAAGUCAAACAUGCGCGUGAACGGCAGCCUCACACUUUUGGUGAGGCCCACGCAGUUCGACUUUCUCUUUCUUUCCCACUCAUUUUCUCUCCCCGUGGCUUUGUAUAUCUCCAUCUAUAUCUCUCCUGAUUGUUGGCUGAUUGUCCUUUUAAAUAUCGCCAGACGCCUGUACACUGCGGCUGAGGGUGGAGCUCCCACUCGAGGCUGACACUGGUUUCCCAUAGAAUGCCCUCUCGCUCUCAACGUACCACCAUGUCGAAUCCUCCACGAAGAGUGCCUCCGCCGAACCAGCAAUACUAUGCGGUUCCCCAAAGUCCAAGAUCGGCUGGUCCAAGUCGACAACCAUCACAAACACACUCGUACACCGCUCAAGCGACCGCAUACCAGCCGUCACAAAAUAGCUAUACCCAAAACUCGUACCGUCAGGAAACGGCGCACGGUGUCGCAACAGGAGUGAUUGGUGGAGGCUACGGUCCUUACUCGUCGAUGCGAGCAGCCUUUUGCUCUGCAUAUUCCCCUGCGGCAGGCUAUGAGCCCAUAGCUUCAGAGUGCUUGAUCUGACUCUUUUUGAGCUGUUGGUUCUCAUGAUGUGCUUGCUUCGCUUGCUAACGAAAUUUGCCUCCAGUACAAUCCGAACCCUCAAGCCACCGGCUAUUCAUCCUCCAGGUUCAGUAAUGCGCCAUCGGAGGCAUCUGUGGGGACGACUGGGGAGAAGACAACAGCGUCUGCAGCUCCAAUAGCGGGCAACACCAACACCGUCCCACCAUACAUGUGGGACACGAAAGACCCCGAUCUAGACGAUGCACUACACAACCCAGAUCCUGUGCGCGACGCAGCACUCGAUCGGUCGUUUACGCUCUUCUCAGGGAGAGGUUGGGCGAAUGCAUCUGCCCUCAUUAUUCUCGUCGUCGGGCUGCUGGUAUUGUUUGUCGGAUACCCCAUCAUUGUCUGGGCACGAGGGCGAGAUCGUGCAAUAACUGGUUUCAACCUUGGUGGCAUAAAUGGCACUGGCCAGGUCCCAAAUCUGCCGAAUAUGCCCUCGCUGAUAGACAAGGAUACGGACAAGCAAUUUCAUACCCACGUCGGAACGGACGGACACACGUACAACCUGAUUUUUAGCGACGAGUUCGAGACGGACGGGCGGACAUUCUGGCCUGGCGAUGAUCCGUUCUGGGAAGCGGUAAACUUGAACUACUGGCCGACGGGUGACUUGGAGUGGUAUGACCCUCAGGCGCUCACCACGCAGGAUGGCAAGCUUGUGAUCACGAUGGAUGAAAUAGAGAACCACGAUCUCAACUUCCGCAGCGGCAUGCUGUCGUCAUGGAACAAGUUCUGCUUCACCACAGGCUACAUCGAGGUUUCGAUAAGUAUGCCUGGGGCGCCGACGGCACCCGGUCUGUGGCCAGGUGCAUGGACGAUGGGCAAUUUGGGACGGGCUGGCUACGGUGCCACGACAGAGGGAAUGUGGCCGUAUAGCUAUGAUACGUGCGACCUUGGGACAUUCCCAAACCAGACUGAUCACGACGGCAAUCCGAGUGUAGCAGCUACAGGCUCGGACUCCGGUGGACCACUGAGUUUCCUACCUGGGCAGCGACUCUCUGCCUGCACAUGCCCAGGGUCGGAUCACCCUGGUCCUUCCGUGAGUGACGGUCGCGGUGUGCCUGAAAUCGAUAUCCUGGAGAUGCAGAUUGACGUGAGCCGGUUCCAAGGAGAGGUUUCGCAGAGUUUCCAGCUGGCGCCGUAUAACUACCAGUAUUCGUUUGACAACAGUUCGGACGCGUCGACUAUCUAUGAUCCUACGAUCACGAAGUUCAACUCGUACAAGGGUGGCCAAUUCCAGCAGGCGGUGUCUGCUGUUACUGAUAUCAACAAUGCGGACUAUAAUGGUCAGGGGUAUGCGCCGUACGGUUUUGAGUGGUGGUCGGAUAAGAACAACCGUGAUGAUGGUUAUGUUACGUGGUUCAGCCAGGGAAAGCGGACUUGGACUAUGACUGCAGAAACUAUUGGUCCGGACUCAAUAUCGCAAGUCAGUCAGCGAUUGGUCUCUGAAGAACCUAUGUAUGUUAUAUUGAACUUGGGCAUGUCACCAUCGUUCCAGAAGCAAGACUUCAAGCAUAUGACAUUCCCGUCGAAGAUGUAUGUCGACUACGUUCGUGUGUACCAACGAUCGGAUGUAAAGGAAGGCGUCGGUUGCAGUCCUUCACAUCAUCCUACGACUGACUAUAUCAAUGCACAUUUGAAUGCAUACACCAACCCCAAUCUCACGACAUGGGACCAGGCAGGAUAUACUUUCCCCCGAAACUCCAAAUACGACGGAUGCUAAAGACCCUCUCCUCGGCAUACCUUCCGCUUUCCAACGCUUCCGUCACGCACUCGCAUCUCCAUCCUUGCACUGACCUGUUACGACCCCUGCAACGUCUCACCUAUUCUACAUUCACCCAUCUACCCACCAUCAUUAACGACCGUUCGUAAUGACUUUGUGAUGCUUUCUGUCUUUCUGUCCUUCCUCAUGUACCCCUUGUCUUUCUUCUGAAUCCUCAUCCUCCUUUUUUGGACACCCACGGACUAUUCUUAUAAGUAGUUGACUUUUCUCCUUUGUCUCAUAUACCGUGAUCACAGUAACGGUUGUACUCUUGCUUCUGAAGGAUUCUCAGUGUGCUGCUGGGAGUUAUUCCUGUUUGUGUUAUAGAAAAUAGCAAUUGCACUGUCGCUUUCGUCACGAAUCAGACUAGCCAAAUGAAAACCAUGUUAAGUGGACUGUCUGGAGUCAUGAUAAAUUAUGUUAUCUCGACUAGCAAACGUAGAGAAGGUAGAAAAGAUGACUUGUAGU